UUGUCUGAUAACAUCAAUGCUAACCCACCUAUUUACCGCCUUGCCUGCGAGCGUUUGGUGGAUUUUGUGUCGCGCCUGCACCAUGCGUGGGCUGUCGACAAGAAGUGGACUAUCGUCGAAGUCCAGGAAGGCUGCCCGCCCGAGGAGCUGCACCGCGAUUUCCAGCCCACCGAGACCACGGCAGCCAUCAAGAGACACGAGUGGGUGCAGUCAUCGGUC